AUGUCGCCCACCCCGUUUCUUCCCUCCCUUCCCGUCGCCUCCGCGCUCUCCCCUCCCAUCGCGUCGCCCUCGUGCCUUCCUUCCCGCUCCCGCGCCUUCGUACUCGCCCGUCCCGUCCCUUCUCCGUCCCUUCGCAUCAGCCACCUCGUCACCCUCCAUUUCCUCCCGUCGCCAUCCCGUUUCCCGUCGCCCUCCGUUCAGUUCGCCUUUGCGAUCUGCUCUCCCAUCCCAUCGCCCCCGUUAUCUCUCCGCGCUGCCCGUCGCGCUCGCUAUCUCCCCCCUCUCCCUGUCGCCCUCGCUAUCUCCCUCCAGUAUCCGUCGCCCUCUCUGUCUCCCUCACGAUCUCCCCUCUCCUCUCACGCCGUUCCUCUGACACUCCUAUCGCCGCCAUCGCUCUCCUCUCUACCCGCGCCUCUCAUCCUUCCGUCGCCGUCGACCUCCCUCUCCCUUCCCGUCACCCUCUCUCUCGCAUCCCCCUUCCCGUCGCCUUCUCUCUCGCAGCUCCCUUCCUGUCGCCCUCUCUCUCGCCGCUCCCUUCCUGUCGCCUUCUUUCUCGCUCCUCCCUUUCCCGUCACUCUCUCUCUCUCGCAGCUCCCUUCCCGUCGCCCUCUCUCUCGCAGCUCCCUUCCCGUCGCCCUCUCUCUCGCAGCUCCCUUCCCGUUACUCUCUCUCUCUCGCAGCUCCCUUCCCGUCACCCUCUCUCUGGCAGCUCCCUCCCUUCCUGUCGCCUUCUCUCUCGCUCCUCCCUUCCCGUCACUCUCUCUCUCUCUCUCGCAGCUCCCUUCCCGUCGCCCUCUCUCUCGCAGCUCCCUUCCCGUCGCCCUCUCUCUCGCAGCUCCCUUCUCGUCGCCCUCUCUCUCGCUGCUCCCUUUCCGUUGCUCUCUCCUUCUCCCCUCCAGUCCCCCACCCACAUUCACCUCCCGUCGCCCCCCUUGCCACUCCCUUCUCUUCACCUCCGCAGGACCAAUCAACCCCCUUGCCUGA